UAUUUUUCUAAAUUACAAUUAUUUUUCUGUAACUUUGUUUGUGAGUUUUUUAAGAUAUGGUUUGGAAAUACAAUGUUGGAUUAGGGCUUAUAGGAGUUUUUGUGUUUAUAUGGGUUGCUUCUGCCGAAGUUACUCAGAAGAUUUUUGUAGAGUACAAACAACCUUUUGCGGUUACAUAUCUGGGGAUCUCUCUUAUGGCAAUCUUCCUGCCUGUAGCAGUUUGUAAAGAUCGGUUAUGCAGUUUAUUAGAGCAGAGUUUCUUGAAGAAACUGUACACUGAUAAUCUUCUCCUCGACGAGGACUCAGUUCUAGGUGUGCCACUUAAACUCAAUGAUAUGCAUGAUCAUCCUGAAGGAGCUUUGAAAGAUUAUUCUAUAGCAGACAUGGAUUACAAUGACCCGGAAGAAGGCUUUCCAUUGGUUGAUAUUAACCAUAAAGAUGAGUUCCACUUUCUUAAAAAGGGCGAUGAACAUAACUCAUGGGACCUUGUCAAAUGUAGCUUGUAUCUUGCUCCCAUAUGGUUUGCAACAGAGUAUUUUUCCAACUCUGCACUGGCAAAUACGAGUGUGGCUAGUACUACCAUUUUGACCUCUACAUCAGGCCUUUUUACGCUUCUUUUUGGGGCAGUCCUUGGCCAGGAUUCAAUAGAUAUUUCAAAGAUGGUUGCUGUUAUAGUUAGUAUGAGUGGUGUAGCACUGACUACGGUUGGAAAAACAUGGGCUCCAGAUGAAAUGCUGAGUGUAUCUGUGACAGCUAAACAUUCCAUUAUCGGCGAUGUUUUUGGUCUUCUUUCAGCAGUGUGUUAUGGCCUAUUCACAGUGCUCCUCAAGAAAUCUACUGGAUCAGGAGAAAAGGCAGAUAUGGAGAGGUUCUUCGGAUAUCUAGGCUUGUUCACUUUGUUUGGCCUUUGGUGGCUUGUGUGGCCAUUAAAUGUUGUUGGGUUGGAACCUAAGUUUGAUUUCCCAAGCUCAGCUUCUAUUGCCGAGAUUGUGCUGCUGAAUGGAUUUAUAGGGAGUUUUCUCUGUGACUACUUAUGGGCACUUUCAGUAGUAUGGACAACGCCAUUAGUUGCUACACUGGGCAUGUCAUUGACCAUACCCCUUGCUAUGAUCGCUGACAUGCUAGUUCAUGGACGUCGUUACUCUGCAGUGUACAUUCUUGGAUGCAUUCAGGUUUUCGCUGGAUUUGUUAUAGCUAACCUAUCUGACAAAUGUUCAUGCCGUAGAAGGUGAGCAUUUUUUAGUCUGAAGUGUGUAAAUAUAUAUAUAUAUAUAUACUACGGUAGAAAAACACAGUUUUCU